ACACACACACACACACACACACACACACACACACACACACACACACACAUUCCGCUAAGGCAACGUGUCGACACCCUGACGGCUCGAUGGUCAUUCUGCAAAAUCUGAGUCGUUGAUACGAUUGCAGGUAACGUACGGGACAGGGAUACAAACGGAAAGGAGAAGCGGCAAGAACACUGGAAACAGCAGGAGGGGCCGUGGGAUUAUAAGAAGAGGGGAUGACGAACAGUCUUUGGAGGCAGUCCGGUCGAGCUUGCAGGGCGUUCAUGAUGAACACCGGCUCUCUGCUAGCCUAUGGUGUGGUGUUGUUUGCCAUGCUAUGUCUGCCCUUCCUGCUCCCAGAGGUCCGGCUGGCUGCUGGCCAGGACGCUCCGCCGACUGGUCUGCAACGCAGGGAAUGCCCAAAAGCUUUCCUUAGCGACAAAGCCACGUGCAGCAAGGGCGGCUGCACACGUGCAAGAGGUAUCUUCGCUGGAAGGUUCAGUGGGCAAUUCAAGACGCUAACGUCACCGAACAAGCAAGCGUCCGCYUGUUGUUUAUCGUGUGCAGAGGACCCGGAUUGCUCAUUCUGGACGUGGACCAAUCGGACAGGGGCUCGACCCCGCACCACGUGUCUUCUGUACACUAGUCCGUUCCUAUGUGACACGCCCGUAAGAAACUGGAUUCCGUGGGAGGGUGCYAUUAGCGGCGGAGAUUGCAGCGCGUCCGGGACUGACGACCCACAUUUCGUCGGGGCCGAGGGUACGCRUUUCGACUUCUCUGGCACUCCCGGAGGAAACUUCUGCUUGAUUGCCGACAAGAGGCUGCAUAUCAACAUGCAGUUGAGUGGAUACUACGACUCAAGGGAGUUUCCGAUCCCUUUCGCUGAAGGUGCCAUGAAGCUUCCCGGAAGUAUCGUUGAGGACGAUCACAAGAACGAAGAAGUCGGUGAAGACAACGACGAUCACGAGGAGAGUGAUGGCGGCGUAAGCAUUGACGACAACAACGACGACCUCAGCGACAACUUAAAUGGCAUCGAAAGCAGAACGAGGAGUUGGGGGACCAGGAGAACGAGAGGGAGCGUCCUGAACGAAUAUGAUGACAGUGCCAAUGUGGUCGAUGAGAAGGCUGGUAGUGGUAGUCGUAGCAGUCGCAGUAGUAGUGGCAGGACGAGGCGGAGGCGGAGGGAGAGGAAGGCUGUCAUUCGGACAUGGAUACGAGCACUGGGCGUGAGAUUCGACGCCCAUAGCAUCGUGAUGCAAGCUCGAAGCGAUGGCAAUCCGGCUAGAUUGGAUGGGUACAUGGAGAAGAUCAUGGUGGACGGACAGGACGUGAAGUUGCAGCCCGGUGAGUCGAUGAGCUUCGCAGAUGGAUUGAUAGAAAUAUCUCAUAAGCCAGUAACGCAUUUCGACGGAUUCGAGCAGGACAAUUUCGACCUCAAGAUCGCCGAUAUGCUCUAUCUGAAGAUGCGACUCAGAGCCGCCGGCAGGCAAUGGCAAACUGCAAAGGACGCGGAAUCGCACAUCAACAUCGACGUUCGGUACUUGCGACACACGCCGAGAGUGCACGGAGUACUUGGGCAGACCUACAGACCGCUGAGAAAGACGGAGAAGACUGGAUGGCUCCAGGAGGGAAARGAAGGGGAGCCAGAGAAGCAACAUGAGCAGGAGGAGGAGGGGAGGAGGAGGAGUUACAAGAUGAUUAUUGGUUACCAGGGAAAGGCACAGGUCGAGGGUGCCAAUGGCGAUGGUUUCCUGGAUGGAGAGAUGGAGGACUACAGAACAACGGGGAUUCUAGCCACGGACUGCAAAUUUGCAGUUUUCCAGGGCCCGGAAGGAACCCUGUCCCUCUCAUAGGAAACCUCAGUGGUGUCUCUGGUCUGCGAAGCCACAGCAUUGCCCGCGGGUGACACACACGGGCAAUGGCGAAGACUGUGCCCUUGGCGGAAUGGCGAUUAGAUCUACGAAACCAGCCAUGACAUCCGAAAGCUCGAGUACCUGCAGUUCUAUUUGGAGUGAUGUCCACCUCUGUAUCGCCGUGGUCUCCAUCGUCUUCAUUAUCCCCCCUUGUCAGUGUGUUCAUGUCUUUGUCUAGCUGUCUGAAAAGAUCGACUCAUCGUGAGACUUUGGCGAGGCCAUCUAGCUUCACCAAAUUCAUCAGGGAUGGUGUAACAUGGUAUCCACACUUACUGUGGCAGAGCUUGAACGAUGAUUGCACCUCGUCCUGAGUGCAGGGCCCUUAUCUUUUGUUGAUGGCUUCAAUGUUUGGUUAGGGCCCUUUUGGGUUGUCGGGCCAUAAGUCACAGUGUGCUCUUUGCCUUUCUCUUUUUUUGAUGGCGUCAAUGUUGGUUAGGACCCUUAGGACUUGCCUUGAGUGGGUACCGUUUUGCAUUCGGAGGUGGUAUCGUCGUAUUUCAGUCGCCCUUGGGGGACAUCUUCUUGCCCCUUUGAUUUUGGUACCACUUUGGUUAUCAACUUAUCAUGGCCUUAGAAUUUGCAAGGCUAUGCUGCCUGUUUGACAGUUGCACAGAUCCUUUGUAUAUUAGUCUUCUUUGCUUAUCAUAGGUAGCUGCACAGGUCCUUUGCUGAUGCUAACACUUGGCUUAUCAUAGGCUUAUCUUAGCUUAUCAUAGCCUUAUCAUAGGCUUACAGCGCUAUGGUCCGGGCCCGUGCCAUGCUGCGGUUUGUAGGAUAAGGGAGGAGCGGAGUGGGGAAGAAUGGCAUAGUAACCACAAGUAGUACCGGUGUGAGAAGGAGCUCAGAAAGCUGAAGGGCCGGGGGUUGGGGUCUCUGUUGUCCUGUCUUCCUUUUCUUGAUUAUGUGUCAUCCUUGCAAUGCAGCGGCUCCUCGUUUCUGUAUUGUAACAGUUCCAAAUUUCCACUAACGUCCCAAAAAAGGRCCUCCGAUUUUCGUUGGACCUAUAUAUCGUCACAGUGGAGAGUCUCACAGACCCAUCAAACCUAGCUGCUCAGAAGAACAAUCUUUUGGUAAGAUUUUUGGUACUGGACCAUGGAGUUGUCCUUCUGUUUGAGGGACCAUGUAUGCUCUGGAAGGAAGAGGUUGUUGUCAGAUGUGCAUGCCUGUGCUUCUUACUAUGUUACCGCGCGUUCGUUGAACG